AUGCAUAAUCGUAGUUUUAUAAAACUAAGAAGAUUCUCAUUUUUAUAUAAAAAUCAACCUUUUCAGAACUGUUUAUUUACACAGUAUAGAUUGAACUUUAAUAAUUUGGCCAGAGAUUCCAGAACAUUAGUUCCAGUAAAAGAAUUUAUUAGCCACUUUGGAACACAAUCUACAGUAUUUACCGGAAAAGGUGUAUUAGAAGAUAAAAAAGUACUUGAUAAAAGAGAGGAAUAUCCGAAGAUGUCCGCGACUGAAACACAAACUAAGACUGAGUCUGAAACGUCGACCUUGACGUUGAAGCCAGUGAAGAAGUUUGUGGAGAUAUUUCGGAAGGACUAUAGGCCACCGGAGUUCGACGUCGAGAAUGUGUACCUGGACUUUGACCUCGAUGAUACCCAGACUCGAGUGAGGUCUAAGCUUUUGAUGAGGAGGAGACCAAACACUUUGCCAGGUAAUUUGGUUUUGAACGGUGACGAACUCGACUGCAAGUUCGUUUCAGUGGAUGGAGUUGAACUUAAAAACGUGCCAGUUACAGGCUAUACACUUGACGUUGACGGGAACAUGACCGUCCCAAGUUCAUUCUUGCCGAAAGAUGACUCAAGAACCUUUACGGUGGAGACUCAUGUGACAGUUAACCCGAAGAACAAUACCAAGUUGGUGGGACUCUACAAGAGCAGUGCAGCAUUUUGUACUCAGUGCGAGCCUCACGGAUUUAGACGCAUAACAUAUUACCUUGAUAGGCCAGACGUACUUAGCAGCUUUAGAGUAAGAGUCCAAGCUGAUAAGAAGCUUUACCCUGUUCUGCUUAGUAACGGGAAUAAGGUUGAUUCAGGUGACCUGGGAACGAAACACUUUGCAGAGUUCGUGGACCCGUUCCCCAAGCCCUGCUACCUCUUCGCACUUGUGGCUGGGAAUUUGGCCUCAAUUUCAACAACGUUCAAGACAAUGAGCGGAAGAAAUGUGUUGGUGCAGCUUUCGUCAGAGCCUGAGGACGUUGGGAAGCUCCAGUGGGCACUAGAGAGUGUGGUAAAGGCCAUGAAGUGGGACGAAGAAAAAUACGGCAGAGAGUAUGAUUUGGACGAGUUUCACGUAUUUGCAGUUCGUGAUUUCAACUUUGGAGCCAUGGAAAACAAAGGACUUAACAUAUUCAACACAGCCCUGCUGUUAGCCGACGUUAAUACCACAACCGAUGCUGAGUUCGUGAGAAUCCUUAGCGUUGUGGGUCACGAGUACUUCCAUAACUGGACAGGGAACAGAGUCACGUGCAGAGACUGGUUCCAGCUCACGCUCAAGGAAGGACUGACAGUUUUCAGAGAGCACCAGUUCUGCGGAGACAUGUCCAGCACACUGAGUAACAGGAUCAGGGAAGUGCAGUACCUGAUGUCUGUCCAGUUCCCCGAAGACGCCGGGCCGAUGUCUCAUCCCAUCAGACCUGAAAGUUAUAUCUCAAUGGAUAACUUUUAUACUCCAACGGUAUAUGAUAAAGGAUCAUUCGUAAUAGGAAUGUAUGAAUCACUGUUGGGAGCUGACGGAUUUAGAAAGGGAAUGGAUUUGUAUUUUGAGAGGCAUGACUUGAGCGCAGUGACGUGUGAUGACUUCAGAAAUGCAAUGGCCGACGCAAAUAACAAGGAUUUGACACAAUUCGAGCGUUGGUAUUGCCAGAGCGGGACGCCAGUGGUGGAGGUGGUGAGAGCGGAGAGAGUUGGUGACAGGUAUAAGCUAGUGCUGAAGCAGUACACUCCACCAACGCCAAAACAACCCGUUAAACAACCAUUCCAUAUUCCCUUGAGGGUUGGGUUUAUAGGGAAAUCGACGGGUGGAGACCUGCUGGGAAACGUUCUGGUGGAGUUGAAAGAGGAGCAACAGGAGUUUGAAUUUGGACCAGUGACAGAGGACUGUGUAUUGUCACUCAACAGAGGCUUUUCGGCACCAGUGAAGGUGAAAUACGACCAGCCCCCAGAGGAACUGCUGUUCCUAAUGUUAUACGAUACGGAUGGACUAAACAGAUGGAACGCAGCACAGAGUCUUGCCACUAAAGUGGUAUUGGAUCUGACAAAGGACCCGACGGCUGAGGUUCCGAAGACAUACCUCGAGGCAUUCAAAAAGCUUUUGGACUCUGAAAUGGACCAUAACGAGAAGGGGCUAUGCAUGAGCAUGCCUGACGUGGAUAUUCUUGCCUCCAAAAUGAAGCCUUAUGACCCAGGCCUUCUAUUCGCUAGUUUAAAGAAGCUGAAACAGGAGCUUGGGAGGACGUUUAGACCAACUUUCACUGAAAUGUACAAAAGCCUUACACUUCGCGAGGGCCAGAAAGAUGAACUCACCAAGGAAGACAUGGCCAGACGCUUCUUGAGGAAUACAGUUUUCAGCUUCCUGGUAAGUAUGAGGGAUAUGGAGUCUGUGGAACUAGCCCUAAAACAUUAUAAGGAAGCCAAGGUUAUGAAUGACAAGUACGCAGCAUUUGUGCAGCUCAUGCAUAUGGACUUCCAAGACCGUCAGAAAGUUGUCGAUGACUUUUACAACUUCGCAAACGGAGAUCAAGCCCUGGUUGACAAAUGGUUCAAGGCCCAGGCACUAUCAGAACUCGAAUCUUCGCUCGAUACUGUCAAGGACUUGAUGAAACAUAAGGACUUUGUCCUCAGUAACCCGAACAGGUUCAACUCUCUGGUCACAGUCUUCGCAUACGGUGAGAACUUCCACUUGGAUAACGGAGAAGGUUAUAAGUUCUUGACAGACGCGAUUCUGGCAGUUGACCCCGUAAACCCUCAUGUCUCAGCCAGAUGUUGCACCAAGCUACUCAAGUUCGCAAUGCUCGAGCCCAAACGCUCAGCGCUUAUGAAAUCUCAGCUUGAAAGAGUUUUUAGCACACCGAACAUCUCACCUGACUUGUACGAAAUAGCCAAAAAAGGUCUUGAAUUUUCAUAA